AUGAUGCGUGGCCAGAAGGUCAGGGCCGAAUCCUACGAAGUCCGCUUCGGGCGCCUGGGAUCUGUGAGAGUGUUCAAGGCUAGUGAUCCGCCACAUGAGAUCACGUUUCCCAGCUGGAGCGUGAAGAAGAGCGCCGCCUCACGCCGCCAGCUGGCUGUGGAUGUUGUGAAGGAGCUGUGUCCACGGGAUUUGCAGGAUGGCACUGCUUGCGCCCUUCUGACCAGAGCUGUGGUAGUACCUGAUGCUCCCUUCCAAAAGCUGAUUGCUGUAUCCAACCUGCGUAAACUCUUGAAGAUCCAUAUGCCGCCGGACAGCUUCAAGAGCAUCACCGAGGCGGGCAGCACACUCUAUGGACUUGACGUGCACGGAUCUGAUCACGACAUUGAGGUGGUCUUCCGCGGCAAGGUUGCCGACCAUAGAAUCGCACAACUUUUGCACGAGGUGCUCCUGCAGGCGCAGGCAGACGCACGCGAGCGGGUGGAAAGCACAAGGACGCGAAGUAAGGACUACCACGAGCUAGCCCGGGCACAGCUGGAGCCCUUUGAGUACGGAGUUCGGAUUCGGGGCUUCCCGGAAGGAACCGAGUGGGAUGUUGUGGCCACAAAGUGGGAACCUGGCUUAAGUGCCCACCUGCAGUAUGAUGCGAAGCUUAGGCGAUGGAAGCCUAUGCUCAGUGGCUACGUCAAGCCCAUUAUCCAAGAGUGGUGGGCCUCAAAACCCAAGCUUUUCUUCGCACUCAAGCUGCUCAAGAUGUGGAAUGCUCAGCUGCCGAAGCUGCGACGGAAACUCUGCAAAGAAAUUGGCUCCUCGACGGUCCGUUUUUGGUGCAUUUAG